CAGACCAUCGUGUCCAGACUUCUUUUUACGCAACAAUUGACCAGUAUGACUAAUGAUAAUCGCAAAGAUAAGGCGGUUAUCAACGGCGCCGGUUACCCUCCCGGGUUCGGCGACAGAACGAUGGCGACUUCGAGAUGGUGAAGAUUGAUGAACAAAACACCGUUUCUGAACCAUCACAAACACCACAAACCAUAAUCCCCGGGGCGAACCUCACGACAUGGCCCAAACCCUCCAUGUAGCCAUAUUCAACACUGAUAUCCCCGUCCCCGAAGUCUUCACCCAGCGCGCUUCCAGCUACGGCCAAAUCUUCCACGAGCUCCUGACUGCUGCCGCGACCCGAACACAUCCUGAAUUGGAACUGAGGUCAUCCGAGUACGACACCCGGAAACUCGAGUAUCCAGAGUCUCUCGAUGAUGUGGACCUGAUCCUGAUAACAGGUUCCAUAAGCUCCGCCUAUGACAACUUCCCGUGGGUGCGACAACUGGAGCAGUACAUCAUCGACACUUACAGAGACCAUUCGCACGUGAAGUGGUUCGGGAGUUGUUUCGGGCAUCAGAUCAUCUGUCAGGCGCUAUUGAAGGAGUAUGGAGUGCGAGUUGACGCCGAGCCGCGGGGCCACGAGAUUGGCGUGAGGGAGAUGGCCGUGGACUGCAAAUUCCGCUCCGACUUCGCUCAGCUGGGAAUGAAGCUGCCCGAGAAGAUUAAGCUGCAAUAUGUCCACGGCGAUUUUGUGGUUGUGCCAGACUUGAAUGCCCUGCCGGAUGAUUGGUCCAUCAUGGGGAGCACGGAGUGGUGCGCCAACCAGGGGAUGAUGGAAAUUGGGCGGGUCCUUACGUUCCAGGGGCAUUUCGAGUUCGACAGAUUUGUGAACAGUGAGACCAUCAAAACGUUCUUUGCGAACAAGCAGCCCGAGUGGCUCCAGGACAGCUUGAAAGCGGUAGAUGCGGAUGAUGAUUCAGAGCUGGCGGCGGAGAUGGUGUUGCAAUUUGCUGCACAUGAACCGCCUGCUGGGCAGAGAGAGACUUAUGCAAAGGUUGGUGGUUUGGUCACACCACCAGGGGAGGAAUGAUGUAACUUUUGAGAUGGAUCAGAUACCGCUCACGUGAAAGAGACUGCCCCAAAUGCAAAUUUUGUGCCAUUUCCCCUUUGCAGAAUGGCGGCAGCGACUGUAGCAAGCAUCGAUUGAGCGUUCAAUGCGCUUAUAGCAAUAGAAAUCAAUAUCGUUCUCAGCUUGUUAUCUAAGACGUAGGCCAAGAUAACGAAGAGCACAUCAAAGAUAAUAUAAGCACGAUUA